CCCAGAGCUACAGCCAAGAGCUGCCUCUCUUCCACCCACUGUCAGCCAGAAGUGAAAAGAUGAGCCAGACCUGGCCAUGGCAAGGCCACCGCAGGGCCCGGACUAUACCAAACAGGAAGCUGUGAUAAACUGGCCAGAGGAAGUACCACCCUGGACGCAGCCUCCCAGCCAGCCAGACCCGUGAGGCCCCCAUUUCACAGAGGGGACAACUGAGGCCCCGAGAGAUGAAGGAUUCAAAAUCAGCAGUUGGUCAGAGGCAAAAUUGAAUUCGAAUCCAGGUCUGUGUGAUGCCAGAGUCUGGCCAGUUCCACCCUGUCGCCUAGAGUAGUUUCAGGACUUACUCGAGAGGCCUUCGGGAGGCGGACGUCGGAGCGGCGCCGGGCUCGGAAGCAGCGGGCGGAGGGCCCAUGACGAAGUUAGCGCAGUGGCUUUGGGGAUUGGCGCUCCUGGGCUGCACCUGGGCUGCUCUGGCCACGGGCGCCCUGGGCCUGGAGCUGCCGCCGUCAUGCCGGGAGGUCCUGUGGCCGCUGCCGGCCUACCUGCUGGUGGCCGCCGGCUGCUACGCCCUGGGCACCGUGGGCUACCGCGUGGACACGUUCCACGACUGUGAGGACGCCGCCCGAGAGCUGCAGAGCCAGAUCCGGGAGGCGCGCGCCGACCUUGCCCGCAGGGGGCUGCGCUUCUGACACCCUCACCCCGCCCCGCCCCCCACCGUUCCUCCCGUCACCCAUUAAAGAGAAGCUUAUUUUUCUAAAAAAAAAAAAGAAAAAAAGAAAGAAAAGAAAAAGAAAAAAAAAGGACUUACUCAUGUGAAGCACACUUCAUCUCUCUGAGCCUCAGUUUUUUCAUCAGGAAUAUGGGAAUAUGGUGACCAACUCAGAAUUCUAUGAGAUAAUGUGAAAUGCCUAGAAUACCAUAGGGGUUCAAAUAUGAGAGCUAGAUGUAGGGUAAACUGAGGCUCAGAGAAGGGUCCUGGUUGUCCAGGGGCAGAGGACAAAAAGGCAAUUUCCCCCUCCUGAAUCUCAGUAUUUCAGACUUCCUAGUCCAAGGGAAAACACAUCUCCUACCCAAGGCUGACCCCCUACUCUACCCUACAGCCAGCAGUACAGCCAUUCAUCUAGAAUUAUUUCACUACAAAUUCUUGUUUAUCUCUUUGACAACAUUCCUGAGGUGAUAAAGUGGUCUC